AGAAGGUGAUUGGUGGAUGACUCUGGUAUAUAUCUUGCCAAACUUUAACCCCACCUUCUCGCCAGUGGAAUUUAAUAUCGGUGCCUGCACCUUCAGGGCAGACGAGAACAUAAAAGAAGCAAAAGCUGGCAGGCUGACAGGAACUUGCAUCUUUCAGGACGGAUUAUCUGGUAACUGACCAUUUAGCUGUGGCACACUCGGACUCUGUGUUAACGUGGGAUUUUAACCAUGAGCUCAGUCGCUGUACUUACGCAGGAAAGUUUCAAUGAGCACCGCAGUGGGCUCCUGCCAGAGCAAAGUGGUGGACCCAAUGCUGGAGAGGAGGAAGACGCCCUUCCUACUUACAAGGAAGCCUUCCCACCUCUGCCAGAGAAGGCGGCCUCAACUGAGGGGACCCAAGAAACUGUUUGGACUUCCAAGAUCCGUCCACUCAAGUCUUCUAUCAUCACCCAGGUUUUCCAUGUGCCCCUUGAAGAGCGCAGGUACAAGGACAUCAACCAGUUUGGGGAAGGUGACCAGGCGAAAGUCUGUGUAGACAUCAUGAAUAAGACCGGAGCCCAUCUGGAACUCUCCCUGGCUAAAGAUCAAGGUCUCUCCAUCAUGGUUUCUGGAAAACUGGAUGCUGUGAUGAAAGCCCGCAAGGAGAUCGUGUCCCGACUGCAGACUCAGGCUACAGCUGCUGUUGCCAUCCCCAAAGAGCACCAUCGUUUUGUCAUCGGUAAAAAUGGGGAGAAGCUUCAAGAGCUGGAACUCAAGACUGCCACCAAAAUCCAGAUCCCACGACCUGAAGACCCCAGCAAUCAGAUCAAGAUCUCUGGCACAAAGGAAGGCUUAGAGAAGGCAAAGCAUGAGAUCUUGCUGAUCUCUGCUGAGCAGGACAAGCGUGCUGUUGAGAGGGUGAACAUUGAGAAAGUGUACCAUCCAUUCAUCACUGGUGCCUUCAACAAGCUGGUAGGAGAAAUGAUGCAGGAGACGGGCGCACGCAUCAAUGUUCCUCCUCCGAGUGUGAACAAGACGGAGAUAGUCAUCACUGGGGAGAAAGAGCAGGUGGCCCUUGCUGUGACUCUGAUCAAGAAGAUCUAUGAUGAGAAGAAGAAGAAUGCCACUACUAUUGCAGUGGAAGUUAAGAAGGCCCAGCACAAGUAUGUGAUAGGCCCAAAAGGAAAUACCCUGCAGGAGAUUCUGGAUAGAACUGGUGUGUCUGUUGAAAUCCCACCGUCUGACAGCAGCUCAGAAACUGUAAUACUUCGUGGAGAGCCAGGUCGUCUCGGUCAGGCUCUCACUGAGGUUUAUGCUAAGGCAAACAGUUAUACUGUUUCCUCAGUCUCGGCUCCUUCCUGGCUUCAUCGUUUUAUUAUUGGCAAGAAGGGUCAGAACCUGGCUAAGAUAACUCAACAGUGGCCCAAGGUGCAUAUUGAGUUCACUGAGGGUGAGGAGAAGAUCACCUUGGAGGGCCCAACCAAAGACGUGCAGAUGGUGCAGAGCCAAAUUGAAGCUAUAGUUACUGAUUUAGUAAGUCGUAUGGACUAUGCAGAAAUCAGUGUGGAUCCCAAAUUCCAUCGGCACCUUAUUGGAAAAGGAGGUGUUAACAUCAACCGCAUCAAAGAGCUGCACAAGGUGACUGUCCGCAUUCCACCCGACAAUGAGAAAAGCAACUUGAUCCGUAUUGAGGGAGAUCCUCAAGGUGUACAGGAAGCCAAGAAGGAGCUGCUUGAGCUUGCGUCACGCAUGGAGAAUGAGCGUACAAAGGACCUGAUCAUUGAACAGCGUUUUCACAGAGCCAUCAUAGGCCAAAAAGGAGAGAAAAUCAAAGAAGUGCGCGACAAAUUCCCAGAUGUCAUCAUCAAUUUCCCUGACCCAGCCCAAAAAAGUGACAUCGUUCAACUUCGAGGUCCACGAAAUGAGGUGGAAAAAUGCUCCAAAUUUAUGCAGAAGAUAGUGGCUGAAAUGGUUGAGAACAGCCAUUCUGUCUCGGUCCCUAUUUUCAAGCAGUUCCACAGAAACAUAAUUGGAAAAGGAGGAUCAAACAUCAAAAAGAUUCGGGAGGACACCAACACAAAAAUUGACCUUCCUGCCGAGAAUAGCAACUCGGAGAUGAUCAUUAUCACUGGGAAGAAGGCAAACUGUGAGCUUGCACGGAGUCGCAUUCUCGCAAUUCAGAAGGAGCUGGCCAACAUCACGGAGGUAGAAGUUUCCAUUCCAUCCAAACUGCAUAACUCCUUGAUUGGAUCAAAGGGUCGUUUGGUGCGCUCCAUCAUGGAGGAGUGUGGUGGUGUACACAUCCACUUUCCUUCAGAGGGAUCUGGAAUUGAUAAGGUCACCAUCCGUGGACCCUUGGAAGAUGUGGAGAAGGCCAAGCAGCAACUGCUAGGCUUGGCGGAGGAGAAGCAAACAAAGAGCCACACCGUAGAGCUGCGUGCGAAACCAGAAUACCAUAAGUUUCUCAUUGGAAAAGGUGGUGGAAACAUUCGAAAGGUGCGGGACAGCACUGGGGCAAGGAUUAUUUUCCCCACUCCUGAUGACAAAGAUCAGGAGCUCAUUACUGUGGUUGGGACAGAGGAAGCAGUGCGAGAGGCCCAGAAGGAGCUUGAGGAACUUAUUAAGAGUCUGGAUAAUGUAGUCGAAGAUACGAUGAAUGUCGACCCCAAGCAUCAUCGCUACUUUGUCUCUCGCCGCGGCCAGGUCCUGAGGGACCUGGCUGAUGAAUACGGCGGGGUUAUGGUGAGUUUCCCUCGCACUGGUUCUCAGAGCGAUAAGGUCACCCUCAAAGGAGCCAAAGAAUGUGUGGAGGCAGCCAAGAAGCGCAUGCAGGAGAUCGUCAGCGACUUGGACGCUCAAGUGACCAUGGAGUGCGUGAUUACUCAAAAGUUCCACCGCUCCAUUAUGGGUCCCAAGGGCUCAAGGAUCCAGCAGAUCACCAGAGAUUUCAAUGUUCAAAUUAAGUUCCCAGAGCGUGAGGAUCCACAAGCACCACCUCCUGCGGACACUCCAGUUGAGAACGGGGAGGCGACUGGGGAGGUUAAGGAGCCUGUCGAUCCAAAUGCACCCAAAAAGUGUGACGUGAUUGUGAUUUCUGGUCGUAAAGAGCGCUGUGAGGCUGCCAUCGAAGCACUCAGGGCCUUGGUUCCUGUCACCAUUGAGGUUGAAGUGCCUUUUGAGCUCCAUAGAUACAUCAUUGGACAAAAAGGAAGUGGAAUUCGUAAGAUGAUGGAUGAAUUUGAGGUAAAUAUUCAAGUGCCUGCUCCUGAGCUCCGUUCUGACAAAAUUGCCAUCACUGGCUUGGCCAAUCAUCUCGAUCGCGCCAAAGAGGGCCUUCUGGAGCGCGUGAAGGAGCUGCAGGCCGAGCAGGAAGAUCGGGCGCUAAGGAGCUUCAAGCUAACCAUCACUGUGGAUCCCAAGUAUCACCCCAAAAUCAUUGGCCGAAAGGGUGCAAUCAUUACAAACAUCCGCACUGAACAUGAUGUCAACAUCCAGUUCCCGGAGAAAAAUGAUGAAAACCAGGACCAGAUUACCAUUACAGGGUAUGAGCACAAAGCCAUAGCUGCACGUGAUGCCAUUCAGGCCAUUGUGGACGAGCUGGAGGAGAUGAUCUCUGAGGAGAUCACUCUGGACAGCAGGGUUCAUGCUCGCAUUAUUGGAGCUCGUGGCAAAGGCAUUCGCAAGAUCAUGGAUGAGUUUAAGGUUGAUCUCAGGUUUCCCCAAAGUGGAGCUGCAGACCCAAACCUGGUGAUAGUUACAGGUCGCCCUGAACUUGUGGAUGAAGCCAUUGAUCAUCUUCUUAACCUAGAAGAGGAAUAUAUGGCAGACGUUGCGGAGAACGAGGAAAAAAGGGCAUAUAUGAGGUCUUCUGGUGGCAGCAAUGCUGUUGCGGACGAGCAGCGAGGUCCAUCUAAGGGGUUUGUCGUCAGGGAGGCUCCCUGGGCAACGGGCAACGAGAAAGCUCCUGACAUGUCCAGCUCUGAAGACUUCCCAAGUUUUGGGGCCCCAGUGGCAACUAAGACGUCUCCUUGGGGACCAAAGCGUUUUUAAGCAGCACUGCUCCAGACAGGCCAAAACCAGAGUGAAGUCCGACCUCCUCCAUCCGUACCACCUUUUCAGCUCCUACUGCACAUCGGGACUGCCCCAGAAUGUUUUCAGUUCCAAACAUGACAUUACACUAUCCUAGCCAGUUUCUGCAAAAUUUUAGUAUAAAUAUCCUGAUACGCAAGGUUGUUGUUUCUAAGGAAAACUGUUAAACCAUUUGAAAACAGUGCCGGAAGUGGCAGCAAAAGAACUGAUGUGAAAAAAAACGCUAAAUGGACACAUUUCAUUGUGGUUUAAAACUGUUACACCAAACUCGUAAGCAGCCCACUUGUGAGCUUAGUUACCUGAGCAACCCCUCCCCCCAAUCCCCUCCCAAGUUGCCUUUGCAGAUUGGGUAAAAACUCAAACUAGAAUUCUGACACGGAAUUCUUCAGACAUUUUGGUAACCUGCAUCUGCUUUUACACAUGUAGCCAAGUCAAACUCAAGCACAUUAGCGAUGUGUGUGUGUGUGUGUCUGUGUGCUCCAUCGUGUCUUUCACAUGUGGUGUUAAAACUGUGGGACUAUGAUCGUGUCGUGGCAUGCGUCAUGUAGCCAUACACACUUGAGCACUGAGGGUUGAAAGCUGUUGGGGAGAAAAGGUUUUUAUCAAGGCUGCUACAGUCUCCUCAAACUACCACAUAUGCCAAGGUCAAGACCGCAACUAAAUUUCAAACACUAGGCUGUGAGCUUUUCAAACUAUUUUUUUUUUUUUUUGACACUCUAAAAGCAAUUUAACUACCAAUGGGGAAAUUGGUAAGUGUGUGAACUAAACAGAAAAAACCAUCAUGUGCCAACUGUGUUUAGUUACAUCCUGUCUGCCAUGACUUGCCUGUGUUGAAUCAGUGUCCAGUCCCUUUGUCUUCCACCUGCUAUGCAGAUUAUGUCAAAUAGCAAUGUCCCUUAUUAUAUCAGCCUUACAACUAGGAAGAUACAAACCAUAUAGCCAUAAUGUUGAGUUGUUUAAACACUCACUUCACUGGAGGAAUUCAGGUUGCAGUCCAUCUUCAAGCUCUUAGAACAAUUUCCCUUUUUUUUGUUCUGAAUGCACACUUGUGCCUCUGACUUUUAAUUCGACAUUGCGCAUCGGCUUCUCCUGGUUUAUAUCAUCCUAGUCCCGAAUGAACGAUGACACAAAUACAAUUGAAGUGAACAGUUACGGAUGACACUGGAAAAAGAAAUUGCUCCAAAAAAGUCAAUAAAAAUUGAAAAUCUUUA